CCACCUUCAUCUCCUCCACAACGUACUCCUCUCCUUCAGCAUUCUCGUCCCCCUCCCCCUCCCCAUCACGGCACAUUACAGUGUACUUGGCAUCAACACACACACGCACCGCAUCCCCAAACUACUACUAGACCUAGCUAGACCAGCGACACACGCACCACACACCCGACGGCUAUGGGAGCGACAACAAGCCCAGUAUCACCGAUUAACCCACCACCGGCAUCGGUCCCGGUCAUCGCCCUGGUCCCCUCGUCGCCUCGGGAUGGCGUCACGCCCAUCACCGACGUCAAGGAGAAGCAGGCCAAUGGGACCGCCGACCACGCCUCAGCAUCCAAUGGUACCGCCAAGCCAAAGCUCAAGGUCGAGACGCAUCAUGUCGAGCCCGGCUGCCAGCCCGAGUCGGUGUACGAGAACGCGCUCUCCCCAUGGCGCGAGUCGAUGCGCCGUAUGGUCAUGGCCCCGCUUGCCGCCGAGAGCGAGUGGCUUGCCCGGCUCCAGCAGCGCGUGCGCACGCCGGGGCGUGAUCGCUACUUCUUCUGGAGCGCCGUCUUUGGCACGCAUACAUUCUUCACUGCGUUCCUCCCGAUGCUCUUCUUCUUCGGAUACCCCGAGAAGGGACGCGCACUGCUGCAUGUCGUGGGCCUGGGAAUCUACACGUCCUGUGUCGCCAAAGACCUUGUGUGCUCCCCGCGGCCGUACAGCCCUCCCGUGACGCGCUUGUCGGUCAGUACCCAUCACCGCGAGUACGGCUUCCCAUCCUCGCACUCGGCCAAUGCGAGCAGUAUCGCGCUGUUCGUCGCCGGCUGGCUGUGGGAGGAGCGCGCGGUCGUCGGCUGGACCUGGCUCACUUUUGGCUGGUCCCUGCUACUCGUGUACUACCUCAGUGUGGCCGGCGGCCGCCUGUACAGCGGCAUGCACUCUACCAUCGACGUCGGAGGUGGUACGAUUCUCGGCGUCCUUUGUUGGCUCAUUUGGCACUACGCGGCGGACGCCUCUGAAGCAUGGGUCAACAGUGGGACUGUGCUGGUUCCCAUUGUCAUGAUUCCCCUUACACUCGCACUCAUUCACUACCACCCCGAGACUCCGGACGACUGCCCGUGCUUUGAGGACGCCAUCGCGAUCAUGGCCGUCAUCCUCGGCUCCUUUGUCGGACACUGGGACAAGGCGCGGAACCAUCGCGACUACGGCCCGUCGCUCUGGCGUAACGGUGCUGUCUGGGGCGCUGUCAUUGGCCUUCUCCGCGUGGUCAUUGGUAUCGCCCUUAUCUUUGUCUGGCGUUUGGCAGCCAAGAAGACCAUGUUGACAGUGUUGCCCGAGCUGUACCGUUCUGCGGCCAAGCUCUUCCGCUUCGAGCUGCCAACACGACGAUUCUACACGGCCGCGACUGCCUACAAGGGCGUCGCAGACGUGCCCCUCCGCUCCAUUCCGUCGUUCAUGGACCUCACGACCGCCGACUCUGACCUCAACAGCCCAACUCAGUCUCCGCAGUCAGGUCGGGAUCGCAGUGUGUCUCCGAUGCGUAACGGCGAUGAUGAGGAGGGACUGCGCAUGCGCAAGCCAAAGCCCAGCCCCCUGCGCCGCCGCCUUUCCCAGGUGCAGAUCGAUCCCGUUGCAAGCAACGGCAGCUACCGCGGACGACGAUUGCGUGCCUUGCCGCAUUACGACGCCGAAGUUAUCACCAAGCUGGUUGUUUACGCUGGCAUUGGCCUCCUCGCCACCGCGAUCUCACCCUUGCUCUUCCCCGUCGUGGAGGCGAGUCUCGGAUUUCCUUAGGUCUUGACCACUACCCAUUAUAAUGCACUUGACUUGUCGGGAC